AGGCCUCGGUAGAAGCCAAAUCGCUUGGUGCCGGAUGCGGCACGUCGUGGGAUAUUGCUUUACUGCCUGCAGCGGAGUGCUGCUUGGUGCCUUUCUGGCGCACGGUGGCUGGAGCUUCGCGCAGCUGCAGAAGCCGCAGACACUGCCGCCAUUGCAGCAGCCGCAGCUACAGCAGCAACCACAGCUACAGCAGCAACCACAGCUGCAGCAGCAACCGCAGCUGCAGCAGCAGCCGCAGCUACAGCAGCAACCACAGCUGCAGCAGCAACCGCAGCUGCAGCAGCAACCGCAGCUGCAGCAGCAACCGCAGCUGCAGAAGCAACCGCAGCUACAGCAGCCGCCGCAGCUACAGCAGCAGAAGCAGCAGCAACCGCAGCUGGAGCACCCGCCUGAGCCACCGCAGCUACAGCAGCAGCAACAGCAGUCACAGAAGCAGCAGCCACCAAAGCUCGCUGAACACCAGGAGCAGGUGGCAUCGCCAGUGGUGCUGAAUUUCAGCGCGUCGCCAGAACAGGCGCAGGGUCAGCUCUACGUGGACGGCCAGUUCCUGAAGCGCCGCAGCCGCGCGGUGACGCUGGACCUGCCAGCCGCGGUGACCUGCAAUCCGUUGGAGCACGUCCUGGUGAUCAACCUGGAAGGCCCUGGCGGACAAGCCAGACGAGACCACAUCAACCGGGAGUUCCGGAAAGCAGGCCUGGAGGGGCGCUUCCUCUUUUGGCCUGCGGUGGACUUCAAUACGGACCAGCAGCUGGCCAAGGAGAUGGGCAUGAAGCAGUGCCCCUGCGAUCCCAAAAAGGGAUGCGGGCUUAGCCACCGGCGCAUUUACGAGAUGAUGAUGGCAGAAAAGUGGCCGUGCGCAACGAUCUUCGAAGAUGAUGUGACCUUAGCGGCCAACUUCUCCACAAGGCUUGCCGCCCUCAAGGACAGCAUUCCCCCCUUCGACGUGAUUUUACUGGGCUACUGCCCCGGCGGUUCGAAGCCGCGGCGCGGGCCAAAGGACCAGUCCUCUAUCCCCACGCUGAAGUACGGGUGGCCGGGCGCCUGUGUCCACGCUUACGUGGUGAGCCUUCAGGGGGCGAAGGCCUUGACCUUGGCCAACACGCCCGUGAAGGUGCCCCCAGACGGUGCCAUGGACGGGAUGCACCACUGGGGGAAUCGGCUCCGCCUCCACAUCGACCGAAAGCCUGGGGUCUUGACCGGCUCCUACUGGUACAUCGAUCCCCAGAUGGCAUGGCAGGGAGUUGAGGCGGACAACUUGGAGGGUGGCGUCUAAGGCAAGUAUCAUAGCGUUUCACCAUCAACGUAGCUCAUCCAUUUGCAAGCCAGCAGC